AAAAAUUCCCAGUGGCAAAAUGAAUAACUAGCACUUGCAACUGAAUUGCAUUAAACUAAACCUAGAUGCAUUACAAUGCCAUGUAUGUGUAUAGAAAGUUUACUAUAAUAACCGAUCAGUAACAAUAAGUUGGCGGGAUGACACGCGGGCAGGCUUUCGGCGAGCGAGGGCACUGAGCCUGCGACGAGGCGUCUUCUGAUGACAAAUAGGAACCGACAUCGCUUGAGCAUUUACUGCCAGCCGGUGAUUACGAAGCGACAAGAAAGUCAAUCUAAACCUGGUAUGGCUCGGGCCCAGACCAACGGAGGCAGAGACGACAGUCAGCAAGGGGGUCCUCAGAGGUGCCGCAUGGAGGCUCUGCAGCCAGAGGCCUGGCUCACAUGCAGCCUCCACUGCCUGCAGCCAGGCCGCCGACCUUGCUGCCAAUGGCGCGUCAGGACCACCCCCUCCACCCCCGCACCGGUUUGUCCACCACAGGAACCUAUGGCCAGUACGUCCCCCUCGGACAUCACAGACAGCGUAAUCCCUCAGAGGACAGACUCACUCCAAGCGGGAGGGAAUGGACCCAGCAUAAUGAGAGCCGGUGACAGACAGGAAGCCCCGCAUGGCCGAAGUCAGCGCCCUCUAGGGGACGCCCAGGAGAACAGCCCCCCUGGUGGAGCACCACAAUCGGAAGAUGAGGUUUCAGAGAGAGUGGCUCACCGGCUAAGGAUCAUAGGGGACGAGAUAAAUGCCACGUUCCUGCAAAGACGGAAUGCUGUCCUGCUAUGGCAGAACUGGAGGGGUGUCUGCAGAGGACUCUUUCUCUUCAUCACAAAUGCGCUCUGCACCUUCUACCAGCGAAGACGCACGUAAAAUCUUAGGACGGCUAGAUGGGCGCUGGCGCCGCCCUCUCCCGCCC